UGCACCCUUGUCCCUGGGGAUCGGCGUCCCUGGCCCUUGUCCCUAGGAACAGUGUCCAGGCCUCGCCCUGGGUACAGCUGUCCCUGUUGCCGGCCUCACUUGGGUCAUAGCGCCUCCCGGCCUGAAGGGCGCGCAGGAGACACGAGCGACCCUUGCGCCCCCGUGGGCGCCACGGCCAGGGCCCGCAGAGCGGAAGUUUUGUGCUGUGCGCGUCCCAGGGAGCCCCAGCCCGGAGCACUCUGAGAGGAGCACCCCAAGAGGAGGGUACCCCCGACCCCGAGCGCCCAGGAGCCCAGAUCGCACUGACCCAGAUCCUUGCGCUUCAGGCUUUGGGGGCGGCAGAUCCCACUUCUAGUCGCCUCCCACCCCCUUCCUGUCCCCAGCCGCCCUCAGCUCUCAACUUUGCCCCGCCCCGCUCUAGGCUUUCAACUCUUUCGGGGUUCAGGGCUCCAGGCGGGGACCUGGACUCUGCUUGCAGUCCCAGCACCCUGGUGCGGAGGAGGAGGAGGGACAGCGACAGCAGCCACCUGCCCAUCUCGGGGAGGGGGCCCUCAGAAGAGGAACCAUUUGAAGCAGAAUCCUCAGCAUGCAUUGUGGAGAAUUAUUCUUGACCCUUUGGGUUCUUAUAGCUGAAAGCACUUCUGGAGAAGAUUGUAUUUCACGGUCCCACCUUAAUGUGGUAGAAGGGGAACCUUUUUAUCUCAAAUGUUGCCCAUCUUCAUCUGCUCAGAGGAAUGAAACAGCCACCCCACAGUGGUACAGAAGCAAUGAGUCCUACAAGGAUGCCAAGCUGAACCUGAGCACAUCACCCCGAAUUAUUUUGCACAAGGACAUUUUGGAGUUUUGGCCAGUGGAGUUAGAAGACCAAGGAUCCUAUACUUGCAACCUGGGAAAUAAUACUCAGAGAUGGAUGAUAAAUGUUACCAGAAGAAAUAAACACAGCUGUUUUACUGAAAAACAAGUAAAAAGUAAAACUGUGGAAGUUACAAAGUCUUUGCAGAUAACCUGUAAUAAUAGUUACUAUAAAGCACUGAUCCACAGAACGGCACUGUAUAAGAACUGUAAAAAAAUAAGCGAAAACAGUCUAUCCUAUUCAAAGCCCAUAUGGAAGAAUGCGGAGUUUAAAGACCAGGGCUACUACUCCUGUGUAUUUUCUCUUCUUCAUAAUGGGAAACUGUACAAUAUCACCGACACCCUCAAUAUAACAAUACUUGGAGAGCGCAAUGAUGUCAUUCCAGUUGUUCUUGGACCACAGCUGACUCGAGUUGAAGUGGAAUUAGGAAAAGAUGUAGAGCUCAACUGUUCUGCUUUGCUGAAUGAAAAUGACUAUUUUUAUUGGAGCUUCUGGAAAGAAAAAGGACCAGAUCCUAAUGUGCAUCAGGACAACAAAAUAAGACCUUGGACUUCAGAAGGCAAAACAUAUGCUUCACAAAUACUGAGAAUUGAGAAAGUUACUGAAAACAAUCUAAAUUUUUUAUACAAUUGUACUGUGGUCAACGAAGGAACCACAGAUACCAAAAGCUUCAUCUUGUUGAGAAAAGCAGGCACAGCUGAUAUUCCCAGCCAUGCCUUUACUGGAGGGAUGAUUGCAGCCAUUGUGGUCUCCAUGGCAGUCUUGUGCCUGGCGUUUGUGUGUGUGGUUUACAGAGUGGACUUGGUUCUGUGUUACAGACAUUGGAUGAGAAGAGAUGAAACCUUAACAGAUGGCAAAACGUUUGAUGCUUUUGUGUCCUACCUAAGAGAAUAUCGCCCUGAGCAUGGAGAAGAGUACACUUUUGCUGUGGAGACUUUGCCCACGGUGUUGGAGAAACAUUUUGGGUAUAAGUUAUGCAUAUUUGAAAGGGAUGUCCUGCCUGGAGGAGCUGUUGUUGAUGAAAUCCAUUCACUGAUCAAGAAAAGCCGAAGACUGAUCAUUGUCCUCAGUAAAAGUUACAUGUCCAACGAAGUCAGGUAUGAACUUGAGAGUGGACUCCACGAGGCACUGGUGGAAAGGAAAAUUAAAAUAAUCUUAAUUCAGUUUGCACCUGUUGGUGACUUCACGUUCUUACCACAAUCACUAAAGCUUUUGAAAUUACACAGAGUUCUCAAAUGGAAGGCUGGUGAAUCUCUUUCCUAUAACUCGAGGUUCUGGAAAAACCUUCUUUACUUAAUGCCUGCAAAAGUGAUCAAGCCAGACAGGGGCGGAGCAGAGGGUUUGCCUGUUCUUGCUGAAGUAUCUUGACAUUUAGCUGAGUGUCACAAAGACCUCUAGUGAUCCUGGGGACUGAGUGUGUGAGCCUGUUCAGAACAGACCUGCAUUUGAAACAUUUAACUACAAUUCCCACUUACUGUUUGAAGAUGAGAUGUGUCAUUAAGUUGUCAGGGAUGAGACUAAACCUUGAGCUGGUUCUGUGCUUCUGGAAGACCUUGGAAUUCAAAAGAGCUGCAGCCUCCGACCCCACAUUGGGCAGCUGAUCCCAUAGUCAGCAAGUGUGACCCAACUGUGCCUGACAACAAGGGAACUGUGCUAAGAGCUUCUGUGCUAACAGUUCAUUUAGACUAAGGGAUUUUCAACUCAGGAAGAAGGAUUCUUUAGAAACCAGUGGGUGGCAGUCCUUGGAAUGCUGUCUUACUUCCAUAUCUCUAGCCACCUUGGAUCUUGGUGGGGCUGGGGAUGUGAGGAUGUAGGAGUUGCAGGGGUGAGCAAGGUAAGAGCCCACUGCAAGCAGGGCCUGCACCCCAGCACACAUUUCCUUCUCCUGGUCCCUGUUCAAAGCAACAGUUCCUGGAGCCCCAGUGAGGCCCAGGGCAGAGGUUGCUUAUGCAGACCUAUUCUUGGGAACCUUCUACUAGACAGGCGCUUUGACCAGCUAAGCUAUAGGGCCCCUUCUUGGGAACUUUCUAAAGGCAGUCCCAAGCGCCUUUGUGUCUUUCAGGAGAGACUCACACUUUAAUUCAGAUAUUCUCAGCUUCUUUCGCUUUUAAUGGUCUACAAAAUUUGUAGAUUUCAUGUAAAUAUUUAUAUUCAGGAUGGUGCCAGAUCACAUUUUCCAUUAAAUAGGAAAAGAAAAACAAAGGUAUGUAUCCACUUGAUUUUUAAAAAAUCUUAUGACUGAAAGGCCCCUAGCAUGGAGGCAGUGUGACAUGGUGGGUGAGGGUCUUGGCUGGGUUGCCCAUCUGAGUGCCAGUCUUUCUCUUCCUCUGUGACCUCAGGAGCUUUACCUGACCUCCCUGUGCCUCAGUUUCUUCAUCUGUAAAAUGAACUUAUGCUGGUGGUACCUGCUUCUCAGGGUACUAAAUCAGUAAGUAAAGAACUUAGAACAGUUCUUGGCAGAGUUAUCAUUCUUUUACUGUUGCUAUUAAGGUUAUUGUUACCAUAAUUAAUUCUUACUUAGCAGUGGGCUAAAGGGAAGUCACAGAGCAGGAAGGGGAAGCUAAUCUGGAGAGGAAGUCAGGUUUGAUCGGAGGACAUUUGCAAAGACAGUGAGACCUAGAAGACAGGCAUAUCGACCAGGCAAAUGGUGUUUCUGCAUCGGAAUCCAUAUCUUAAAUGCAACAGCUGGUCAUGAAAGUUGCAGUGAGAAGCAUCAACAUUCAAGCAGAAGGGAAAGUCACAUGAGCAUGGAAGCGACGGUGUGGAGGGCUGGUUAGAAUCUAUGGGCACAGAAUGAAUGUUCCAGAAAAAUUUAAAGUGGAGAUUGUUUAAAACAGAUGGAGUACAUUUUGCUAAAAAUUCAAGAAGAAUGAGCUUUCCUGUGUAAGAGAGUGAUUUAAUUUUAACACUUAUGAAUUUGUGCACUAAUUGGCUAGAUUAAAAAGUAAAUGAAUUAAUGUUUAUGUUUUAUGUGUGAAAAAUUUGAAUAAAAUAAAUAAAUUUCAUUACUGUAUGUCUCUAGUACCUAGAAUGAUUUUGCUUUCCUCUUUUGUUACCCAGUCUUUAAAGCACACUAAAUAUAUUUUGUAUUAAAUGUAUUUCACAUUAAAUGUGUUAAAUAUGUGCAUUA